AUGGCUUCAGGAAAGACUUGGAUCACAUCUUUGGUGGUCCUGAGUUUGAUCGUAAUCCUCUCUUGUGCUUCCACUGCACAUGCUUGGGGUGUUACAGGUCAUCAAAUCGUUGCAACAAUUGCACAAACACAAUUACACCCAGAUGUAAGAGCACAUCUUUGUACAAUCCUACCUCCAGAACAAACGGCAUACAGAAGCUUUUAUCCAAAAGAAGGUGCUCCUCAUCAACAUUGUCAUUUAGCACCUCUUUCCGCUUGGGCGGAUCGCGUUCAUGGUCAAUAUCCUUGGGCAAGUCAUUUGCAUUACAUCAACCCUGUUCAAGAUGAUCCACCAAAGCAUUGCACUUAUGGUGAAAAGGGAUGGCAAGAUCAUGGAACGGGUAAUGUUUUAGAGGCGAUUCUCAAUUAUACCUCAGCUUUACAGACCAAAUCCGGCUAUGAGCGGGAUAUCGCUUUGCGUUUCCUGACUCAUUUUAUGGGUGAUUCUCAUCAACCUUUGCAUCUCACAGGAAGAGCAAGAGGUGGCAAUGACGUUCAUGUUCGAUUCAAUGGACGCUUUGCACGUCUGCAUUCUGUUUGGGAUAGCCUUCUUUUGAACGAUCAGAUCCGCGAUGUUGCAAAUUAUACCACCAGAUUGCCUUCGACACGUAUAGAAUCUGCUUUGCUUGGCAGAACGUAUGAUUCAUAUAUUCGUUGGAUUAUGGCAGAAGGUCUAGGACAAGCACAAGGUGCGAAUGUUCAGCCAGGAUGGUGGCAUGACGAAGCGGAAAGUUGGACACAUUGUCCAGAGGAGAAAGUGACACUCGGAAAAGAUGGCAAGAGCAACAAAACGCAAGAAUUGCAUCUCUCUUCAAUUGAUGAUACCGAUCUACCUGUCUGCCCAUACGCCUGGACGAAACCGAUGCACCCUCUUGUUUGCUCGUAUGCAUUUGCCGAUCCUGUGCCACCAGUCAAUCAGUCCAAUCAUGGACCUCUCGCUGAAUUAAAUGUCCCGGAAUAUGCUGGACGAGUUCAUGAUCACAAAAUCAUUCAUCGUCAAUUGGCUCGUGCGGGUAUUCGUCUUGCGGCUGUUCUCAACACAAUUCUUCUGCCG